AUGACCUCUCCUUCUUCCACGUUGUAUUCCCAAUGCCCCAAACUAUAUGCCUCAGACGGGGUCAACCACCGGAAAUAUGUUCCGGUGGAUUCGAUGCGCGAACUCGUCAACAAGGAAAGUAUCAGCUCCGAACUGAAGCGCAAAAAGAAGAUACCAUGGGGAGUUUCGAAGUGUGCCGCUCAGAUUGAAGAGAAAUCGAGCAAACUAUUUCUGACCCUUGUACUCUCCGGCAAGGCCCCGGACAUCAGGAGGCUGCGAAAGGCAGGGUUUACAGACAAUGACCUUCCUCUAAUCAAACUGGAUGACACCACUCUACAAUCAUCUUCUGAAGAGAAGAAGUUGUUCGAGACACCCAAGGGCUGGAAAGAGCAGACCAUAGAUACCUUUAUCGAGAAACAAUGGAUGAUGAUAGCACCAAUCUUUAACAGCAAUGGCGAGCAUCGCGAUUUUGACACGAACAUCUGCUUGCCCUUUGACAAUCUAGACGAGAAAGGCCACAGCAAUACCAGUAUCGUCUUCAAGGCAAACAUCCAUAAGGCGCACCAGAUUGGAUUUGAGAAUGACUCGCCAAGUCUUUCGGUUGCCCUCAAAGAGUUUAGACUUCAAGGCAACUAUUCUGGCAACCAUUCUGGCAACUAUUUUGAAGACGAGCGCGAGAACCUCGUCAUGAUUCGAGGGCUAGCUAAUAAUGAGCACAUCACGAAAAGUUUCGGGUCUUUCUGCCAGGGCAACAGGAAGUUCAUGAUAUUUCCUUGGGCUGAUGGUGGAGACCUGGAUAACUUCUGGCAGGAGAAGGAUGCCGACAAGCGGUCGCCCGAAUUGCUUGUCUGGUCCUUGGAACAGAUGCUUGGUUUAGCCGAAGGUCUACAAGCCCUGCACCAUAGGGUUGGAGAGAAGAUCAACUUGCGCCAUGGAGAUUUAAAACCUGGAAACAUCCUUCACUUCCUCACGGGGGAAGGCAGAGGUAUCUUGAAGAUAACCGAUUUUGGCAUAUCGAAGAUUCACAACGUCAAUACGUUUGAGAGAAUGGAUAAUCCCACUAAUACUAGGGCCACCUCACCAUCCUACGAGGCACCCGAGGCUGUGUCGAAAGAAAAAAAGGCAAGAUCGCGCAAAUAUGAUAUCUGGUCAUUGGGAUGCAUCUACCUGGAGUUCGCAAUCUGGCUCAUCCAUGACUGGAAGAGCAUCCAAGAUUUCAACGAAGAAAGGAAACCCAAGGCUUAUUAUACUAGUAAUUUCGCGCAUUUCUACCACGACUCCAACGGCCAGGUAGAAGUUCACCCAAAGGUUAACGAAAAGAUCAAAUCGUUGAAGAGUAACCCCCAGUGCGGCGAGAACAGCCCUCUAAAGGACCUUCUAGAUUUGAUUGAUGCUCACCUCCUUCGAGUAGAGGUUGAUGACCGCCUCGACGCAGAAGGGUUGCGAAGGAGGCUAGCGGACAUUGUCAAGAAAGCCAAACCCGAAUGA